CGCUAUUAGUCACUACGUCUGCGCGUAGGGCAGACAGCUGAUAACUCAUCUAUUAUGCUACUUCGCUAAAUAAAAAACAUCUCGUAAAGUGACCGGAGCCGGCCAUUGGACUCACCGGAGGACCGAAACCCAAAGUCGUACAAUGGGAGUUAGUCUCCUGGAGGGUAACACUGGUAACACUGAGCUGAAGGAGCAACACAACUGACAGCUGGAGUGAACACACACACAGUCUUGCGCGCGCACACACACACACACCCUCCGACCACAGAGGGACUUUUUUUUUGUAAUCUUGCGGCCAGACGCUGCAUUGCCACACUGCAUUAGUGCGUUGUUGUUGCCCACCAUGUCGGAUGCCCCUGAGGCUGCGCCCCCCAGCCCCCCUCCCCUCACCAACCCGCCACCCCCGGAGGUCACCAACCCCACCAAACCUGGCAGGAAGACCAAUCAGCUGCAGUACAUGCAGAAUGUGGUGGUGAAGACUCUGUGGAAGCAUCAGUUUGCGUGGCCCUUCUACCAGCCCGUGGAUGCCAUCAAGCUGUGCCUGGCGGACUACCAUAAGGUCAUCAAGAACCCCAUGGACAUGGGGACCAUCAAGAAACGGCUGGAGAACAAUUACUACUGGAGCGCCAGUGAGGCCAUGCAGGACUUCAACACCAUGUUCACCAACUGCUACAUCUACAACAAGCCCACAGAUGACAUCGUGCUGAUGGCUCAGGCUCUGGAGAAGAUCUUCCUGCAGAAAGUAGCUCAGAUGCCUCAAGAGGAAGUGGCUCUGCUCCCUCCUGCCCCCAAAGGCAAGAACAAGAACAAACAGCCUCCUGCUGCCACCACAGUGAGUCAGCAGGCGGAGUCUUCAGCAUCGCCUCCUGCGUCCUACCCCUCCCCCUCCCAGACGGCAGUCAUUUCGACCACGCCCACAAAUGUCCCGUCCACGCCUCCCGUAUCUGCUCCGCCGCCGCCAGCAGCCAUGAUGCCCUCUGCACAGCCUGUGGUCAAGGUAGGCAUGACAGCCCCAACAUCCUGUAGUCCCCCCCCUUCUACCGUAUGUUUUUGUCCCCAACAGAAGAAGGGGGUAAAGAGGAAAGCAGACACCACCACUCCCACCACGUCGGCCAUCUCUGCGGGUCGUGCCGACUCUCCCACCGCACAGGACAGCAAACCAGCCAAGCUGGCCUCGUCCCGCCGCGAGGCUGCCGCAAGGCCCGCCAAAGUGCGCCGUGAGACCGUGGAGGACGUAGCGGCCGGCGACAUCGGCAACGCCGGCAUGGCGGCCGGGGGGAGGAAAGGCGGUAAGCUGGGUGAGCAGAUGAAACACUGCGACGCCAUCCUGAAGGAGAUGCUGUCCAAAAAGCACGCCGCCUACGCCUGGCCCUUCUACAAGCCCGUGGACGCCGAGGCCCUGGAGCUGCACGACUACCACGACAUCAUCAAACACCCCAUGGACCUGAGCACCGUCAGGAAAAAGAUGGAUAAAGGCGAGUACAGCGACCCUCAGAGUUUCGCCACCGAUGUUAGGUUAAUGUUCUCCAACUGUUACAAGUACAACCCCCCCGACCACGAGGUGGUGGCCAUGGCACGCAAGCUGCAGGAUGUCUUCGAGAUGCGAUUCGCCAAGAUCCCCGACGAAGGCCUGGAGGCGUCGGUCCCGUCCACGACGCCAUUGGUUAGUAAAAGCACCGCCUCGUCCGACAGCAGCAACAACUCCUCCUCAGACGAGUCGUCAGACUCGGAGGAGGAGCGCGCCACGCGAUUGGCUGAGCUACAGGAGCAGGUUGGUGCUGCCGGCCAAUCACAGCUGAAGGCCGUGCACGAGCAGCUGGCCGUCCUGUCGCAGGCGCCCGUCAGUAAGCCAAAGAAGAAGAAAGAGAAGAAGGACAAGGACAAGAAGAAGGACAAGGACAAAGGCAACAAGGCCAAGCUGGAGGAAGACAAGAAGCCCAAGGCUGCCGCACAGCAACCCAAAGCAGCCAAUCAGAAGAAGGCGCCAGCACGCAAGGCAAACAGCACGGUGACAGCCACCAGGCAACCCAAGAGAGUCGGCAAGGCGGCAGGAGGCGGGUCCGCCAAUGGAGAUGACGGCGGCGGCGGUGGUGAGGAGUCGUCCCUGCCCAUGUCGUACGACGAGAAGCGGCAACUGAGUCUGGACAUCAACAGGCUCCCCGGGGAAAAACUGGGCCGCGUGGUCCACAUUAUCCAGUCCAGGGAACCUUCGCUGAGGGAUUCCAACCCCGACGAGAUCGAGAUCGACUUCGAAACCCUCAAACCCUCCACGCUGCGAGAGCUGGAACGCUACGUCAAGUCCUGCCUGCAGAAGAAGCAGAGGAAGCUGAUGCAGAAGCAAGCUGGAGGCGGGGCCUCAGGAGGCGGGGCUAGUCGUUUGAGUGGCAGCUCCUCUUCGUCCUCUGAUGACAGUUCCUCAACGGGAACCUCCUCUUCCUCAGACACAGACUGAACACACACACACACACACACACACACACACACACACACACACA